CAACAACAACAACAACAACAACAACAACAACAACAACAACAACAACAACAACAACAACAACAACAACAACAACAACCAUAUAUUCUACUACAGAUACAAUAACUGGUGUUUAUAUUUUCACUUUUGUAACCCUCGGUUUAUCUGUUGGCCUGUAUGUUGUAUCAUCUGUCUACAUUUCUUACCAAAUAAGGGCGGAUCCUAAGUAUAUAAAUGUAUUACUGCUGCUACUAGUGCUAGGUCUACUCUUCUCUAAUAUCUUCUACCUGGUUCUUAAAACUAUUCGACUCGAGGAGAAUUAUGAUGGAGGAUAUGGACACAGAGAGAAUGCCUACCGAGGGUGUGGUCCAAUGCUGCACCUCGCCUGGAUGUCCGUCCUCCUGUCCACCAUGUUCCUGCUCCUCACAACCUUCCUGGAGAGAUUCGCAGUCAUCUUCAGGAGUACCCUGACUAGUGGAAUAGUUGUUAUUAUCAUUACAACUAUAAUUCCAACUAUUAUUGUUGUUCUUCUUGUCUGCUGGGUAGAUGAAGGAUCUAGAGCAUAUAUAGGAAUACUUACACCUCAUAACAGUGUAAAAUCUGGUAUGUCCAACAACUCUUUAAGUGUGGCAAUGGCCAGCAUUGUUGCUUUCAGUGUUAUAUUAGUGAUGGAUAUUGUUAUUCUUGCUUCUCUUACAAUCAAUAUAUUUUUCUACUCUAAGAAAGUAUUUUACCAGGCGACCUUUCAAAGGAUAAAGUUUACAUUUAAAAUAAUGUACAUUGUUUUCCCGUUGACAAUGCUCUCAUGGAUUCUUUUUUUAUCUGGUCAAGCUAGAAUUGGACUGGCAGAAGGUGAGACUUGCAGUUUUGCCCUUGCUCAAUUUAUUGCCUCUGUUUACCUGACCUACCUUAUAUUCUUCGACGACGGGAUGCAUUGGUUCCUCAGAAGUAAAAAGGGAAGAGAUGACAACACUUUGCAGAAUAAAAGUAUUAAAGGAAGAUACAACCCUCAGGACAAGAUGAUACAAGAACUAAAGAUCCGAGUAGGAAAAGUAGGACGGAAACUGUCUCCUCCAAACCAAGAUAUUGAUCCAUCCAAAGCUAGUUCUCUAGAGAGAGGAGCUGACGGACGGAUCAUGUUUAAUUUCAAUGAUAAACCAGAUGGAGGAAGGUUGAGUGUCGGAAGAAGGAAGGAGAAAGAAUCAAGAGAACCCAAGACAGAUAGCUCCAGUAGGUAUCUAGGACAGAUAUACCAAGAGUAUAUCAAGGAAAUGGAUCUAGAAAACGGAAGUCUAAAAGAUAGUUCUGCGUCGAGUGAUGAAGAUGAAAUGGACAACAAUCAGAUUAUAGGCAAAACCAGGGAAGAUGAAUCUAAGACAGCUGGUAUGGUGAAAGGACUGGAGAAUACUAUUGACCACCUGAGACGAAAAACAUCCCAAUCUUUCAACUACGAUACAGUAGUCCUUGCUCAUCGUUCUACUCGAGAUCAUCAGCGAGCUGCGUUAUCUGAUGUGGAAGUUGGUCUUGAUGCUGGUCUUGAUGCUGAUCUUGAAGUUGGACUUGAUGUCGCUCAAAUUGUUGAGGAAAAAGCUGAAUCUUCAGAUAGCGAAGAGAGUUAUCAAUCAUCUGUUUCCAGUCAAGCUUCCAGGUUUUUUAACCGACCUGGUUUGGAUAUGAAUGCCUCUACAACAAUAUAA